AAAAAGUCAACGUCGCCUGUUGUUGUCAACCUACGAUGACGUGUAUUUAAAAAAUGGCAUUGUUAUUGCACCAAAUUGCUUGAAAGUUCUGCGCCCCCCUAGAAAAAUGGCCCUAAUGACGAUGAUAGCACGAGUGGCAGACGGCCUGCCACUGGCCGCCACCAUGCAGGAAGAUGAGCAGGCGGGCCGCAACAUUCUGGACUACCAAAACCAGGCCAAGAUGCUGUUCCGAAAGCUGUCUACCCAGACGCCGCCGCCCCGCUGCACCAUCGAAACGGGGCCCUACUUAUUCCAUUACCUGAUUGAGUACGAUGUUUGCUACCUGGUGCUCUGCGAGAAGAACUUCUCGAAGCGCCUGGCCUACUCCUACUUGGAGGAUAUAGCGCAGGAGUUCCACACGCAGUAUGGGAAGAAGGUGAACACUGUGACCAGGCCGUAUACGUUCAUCGAGUUCGACACGUACAUCCAAAAGGCUAAGAAACAGUUCAGUGAUUCUCGGUCCCGCAGGAACCUGAACGUCAUCAACAACCAGCUGCAAGAUGUUCAGAGAAUUAUGGUACAGAACAUUGACGACGUCCUGCAAAGGGGCACAGUCCUGUCAGAGCUCGACACCAAGACGCAAAAUCUCUCCAUGCUAACGCAGAAGUACAAAAAGGACGCCACUUAUCUGAACACCAAGUCCAUGUACGUGAAGGCGGCCAUCGGCGGCAUUGUGCUUUUAGUGUUUUUCUUAUACUUUUGGGUGUUGUAAGUUAGGUAAGGUUUAUUAUCAUUAUUAUUAAAUUAGUUGGCGUCCGGGUGUAAAUAAACUAGAACAUUCCUCUAUGUAA